AUGAUGGGAGGUGGUGGAGGUGUGCGAGAUGCCACCAUGAUGGGAGGUGGCACCAUGAUGGGAGAUAUCAAAGCCAUGGGAGAUGCCACCAUGAUGGGAGGUGUCACAGCCAUGGGAGGUGUCAAAGCCUUGGGAGAUGUCACUGUCAUGGGAGGUAGUGAAGGUGUGGGAGAUGCCACCACCAUGAUGGGAGGUGUCAAAGCCUUGGGAGAUACCACCAUCAUUGGAGGUGGCACCAUGAUGGGAGAUAUCAAAGCCAUGGGAGAUGCCACCAUGAUGGGAGGUGUCAAAGCCUUGGGAGAUACCACCAUCGUUGGAGGUGGCACCAUGAUGGGAGAUAUCAAAGCCAUGGGAGAUGCCACCACCAUGAUGGGAGGUGUCAAAGCCAUGGGAGAUGCCACCAUGAUGGGAGGUGGCACCAUGAUGGGAGGUGGUGAAGGUGUGCGAGAUGCCACCAUGAUGGGAGGUGGGAAAGCCAUGGGAGAUAUCAAAACCAUGGGAGGUGCCACCAUGAUGGGAGGUGUCACAGCCAUGGGAGAUGUCAAAGCCAUGGGAGAUGCCACCAUGAUGGGAGGUGUCACUGUCACGGGAGAUGCCACCACCAUGGGAGAUGUCACUGUCAUGGGAAGUACCAAAGCCCUGGGAGAUGCCACCAUCAAGGGAGGUGUCACCACCAUGGGAGAUGCCACCAUGGGAGAUGCCACCACCGUGGGAGUUGUCCAUGUGGGAGAUGUCACUGUUGGAGAUGUCACCGUUGGAGGUUCCACCACAGGAGGUGCCACCACGUUGGCAGAUGUCACCGUUGGAGAUGUCACUGUUGGAGAUGUCACCGUUGGAGAUGCCACCACCCUGGCAGGUGCCACCAUGGGUGGUCACGCCGUGCCAGGUGCCACCACCAUGGAAAACGUCCUUGUGGCUGAUGUCACCCUGGGAGAUGCCACCACUGGAGAUGCCACCACUGGAGGUGCCACCAUGGGCUGUGACACUUUCAGAGAUGCCACCAUGAGAGGAGCCACCACCAUGGCAAGUGUCACCAUGGUGAGAAUUGUCACCGUGGGAGAUGUCCCAUUUGCAGGUGGCACGGUGGGAGAUGCCACCAUUGGAGAUGUCCCCGUGGGAGAUGCCACCACCGUUGGAGAUGCCACCAUUGCAGGUGCCACCAUUGGAGAUGCCACCACUGCUGGAGAUGUCCCUGUUGGAGGUGCCACCAUGGGAGCUGAAGCCAUGGGAGAUGCCACCACCAUGGGAAAUGUCCCUGUGGGAGAUGCCACCAUCAGAAAGGUCCCUUUGGGAGAUGCCACCAUUGCUGGAGAUGUCCCCAUGGGAGAUGCCACCAUUGGAGAUGCCACCAUUGUUGGAGAUGUCCCUGUGGGAAAUGUCCCUUUGGGAGAUGCCACCACUGCUGGAGAUGUCACUGUUGGAGGUGCCACCAUGGGAGCUGAAGCCAUGGGAGAUGCCACCACUGCUGGAGAUGCCACCACCAUCACAAAUGUCCCUGUGGGUGAUGCCACCAUGGGAGAUGCCACCACCAUUGGAGAUGUCACUGUUGGAGAUGCCACCACCAUGGGCAAUGUCCCUUUGGGAGAUGCCACCACUGCUGGAGGUGUCACUUUCUGA